AUGGAUAUAGUCGAAGGUAGACCGAAGCCAUUGAAAAGCUUGACAGUAUCAAACUACGUGGAAGAUUUAUUUAAGCAUUCAAUACAACUACCGGCAGAUACCACUUCUGUAUCGGCAAAAACUUGGAUCUUGCGAUUACUAGCCGGUGAUUCAAAGGACGAGAAAUGGACCGAAAUGGUUGCCAUCCCUCUUCGACAUGCCGAUUUGUCGUCGACCGAUGGGCGCCAGUUUACCUAUGAAUUUGGGAAAUACGGAAAAAGUACGAUCACUUUGCUGAUAACUCCAAGCACUACAAUACGACUAUUUGAGAUGGCUACGGAAACUACUGAGCCGGAGAUAACAGACGAAAUUGGUAAAUCGAUGGCGGCCACAAGUAAAGGGACAGUAUUAGCUACGAGCGAGGAUGACGUGAAGAAAGAUCGAUUUAGUGAGUUGCGAGCGAACUAUCAGCUGUUAACUCCUUUCGAAAGAAAUCGACAGCUUGGAAAUUCGAUCAUGGAUCUCAAAUUCAUGUGCCAAGAAAUUGAAAGCACUACCGCAAACGCAUACAAAAUGCCAACUGUACCAACGCACUACAGUAUACCGAAACAGGAUCAUCUAGUGUCAAUGCCAGUUGCUGCAAUGAAGGAAGAUAUGAAAUUAUUAAAUGUAUCCUCACCUCCAACGCAUCAUUUUCUCAUGAUUCAACUGACAUCCAAAUAUGAAGAUUUGAAUGGAAAAAUUGUACAAACAUUAGACAUGUUGAAUAAAACCGUUGAUGACAAUGAACUGAACGAAAUUCAACAUGGCAUUGGCCUAGAGUUUGAUUCUGCUGAUACCUUGAGACAAGAAAUGGAAAAGUUCAAAGCUAUAUUUCGUUUCGAGAAAUUAGCAGCUGCUCUAUCACAACUACACGACACAUCGAUCGUUAUUCAAAAAGCUCUUCUUUCCAGCCGAGUAUUCCGCCAAACACUUGAGGGAUCAUUAGAAAAUCUCCAACGAAGUGGUUCUCUCGUUCAAUUAAUUGACUCCGACGGAUCCAUAUCGAAAGAAAAUAUCGACAAACUUUUUACAAAACAAUUGCGAACAUUACUCCAGGAUGGCCUAGCCCUGGCUCGAGACGAACUGAAUUUCGGCUUGCAGAUCUAUCGUAUUCUGAUAUUGAUUGAAUUGAAUUUGAUACAACUGAUUGUUCAUCCACUCGACACGAAAGAACAUUGUGAACAAGCGAUUGGUAUCAUCGAUAAGAUCAAACAAUAUUGGCUUCAGGAAGAUCAACAAAUGUUGAUCAGUGAAAAAGAAUUAGAUGCUUGUAAAGUCAUUAUCGAUGAUACAUUCGUUCUAAUCCACGAACGAAAGAAACAAAUUCGUCCGGCCAUACAACCACCACGUAUAGCGAAUCUGGACGAAAUAAGCAAAGCAGUCAAUGUUAAGACACUGAUGAAAUCAACCGGAUCGCCUUCGACGAGUAAAAUAACGAUUAAUAAACAGCAUGGUGAAUAUUUUGCAUCUCAUUUGUCGAUCAUCAUUCAAAUAGAACAAAUCAUUCAGAAUUGGUCGAAUGCACAAUUAAAAACUAAAACAAUACAAAUUAUUAAUAAUAGUGAUGACGAUGUUAAUUUUGAAAUAACAUUUAAUUCUCUAUCCGUAUUCGUUGCUCAUCCUUCUUCGUCGGUCAUCGAUCGACACGAUUCGAAUACGAUUAAAAUAAUUCCAAAUGGUCAAGCUAAUCAGGGCAAAUAUCGAGAAGAGUGGCAAUUGAAAUUGGCAAAUAAUCGAUUGGUCAUACCGGUUUUUAUUUGCUGCGAAAUCAAACAAUUUACCAUUGGCAUCGAUCUGCCACUGGCGGAAGCAACAGGCGAUGAUCAAACAUCGAAUCAAGUCAAAACUUAUUUGAUCGAUUUUGGCACAAUACUCGCAUGUUCGAAUACACAUCGGCAACGAACGUUCACUGUAGAAAAUCCAACAGCACUCGAUCUUCGAGUUAAACUACGUCGAGAAGGUGGCGCAAUUGGUCUAUUCGAUAUUGAUAGUAAGCAAGCUGACUUUUUCCUCUUUGCUUAUGAAUCAAAAAUAUUGACCAUCGAUUGGAGUAUACAAGAUAUUGUUCAAGAUGUUAGAUGUGUCUAUGAGAUCUAUUUUAGUAAAGACUUCAAAUGUCGAAUUAUUUGUUUGGGUAAAACAAGAAAGAUUACCUAUGAUCUCAUUUACAAAUCGGUACGUUUGGCAGAGAAACAAUUUCGUACUGAAUUAGAACCAUGUCUACCGGGUACGAUUCUUUAUGAAGAACUCACCGUACACAAUACGGGCGAUGUUAAAAUGACGAUGGAAGCGGGACCGGAAAAUUCUUCGGCAUCCGUCGUUGUCGCACUUUCACAUCGACAAGUCGUUCUUGAACCGAACGUAUCGUUAACAUUGAAAAUUGAAUUGGAAGUCAAAGAUGCACAUCGAACAAUUGACAAUCUGAUCACUUUACUUUUUCCUUAUGCAAGUCAACGUUCAUCGUUCAAAUUGAGUUUCAAGACGACAGCCGGCUGGCCAGAAUUCGAUCGACAUCUAUUUAGUUCUCUUAUGAAAAUGCAAGUUGACGAAGAAGCCAAUGAAAAAGUUGACAAAAUCAUUUUGUACAAUCAAGGUUCAGUUAAACUGUUUAUCGAUGAUUUGCAUUCAACAUCUCCACAUGUCUCCAUUGAUAAUCAUCUUCUAUUUCCAUUGACAAUUUUACCUCGACAACAAAUCGAAUGUUCCUUUACGUACAAAGUCGAAAAGAGGUUAGCUUCAUUCGAAUGCGACUUUGUUCUAAAGACGAAUUGUCAACAACGAAUUCAACAUUUUCCAUUUCAUUGCAAACGCAUGGCUCCGAUUAUUUCAUUCGAUCAUGAUAUUCUUCAUUGUGGUACAACAAUGCAAGGAUCGAAAGUUCCAUCGUUUUCAAUUACAAUCAAAAAUGACGGCAAUCUACCUGCUCAAUUGGAAUACGAACCAAAGCACAACACAAUAUUUACAUUCAAAUUUGGCAAUGAUGAAAAGAGUAUUGCAUUAUCGACUAUUUAUCCGCGCACGAUCGAAUGUUUGGUAGAAAUAAAAAAGACUGCACCUACAGGAUAUUUCAAAACUGAUGUACCUCUACUAAUUCGAUCGUCAGCGAAUAUGGUCAAGAACUAUAAAUUGAUUGUUACUGGACGCGUGGAAAGUCGACCAGAUCCGACAGAGACAAUUCUUCCAAUUGAUCUUCCAUCGUCAUGGAAUCAUUUGCCACAAUCGGAAACCGAAAGACGAUUGAUGAAACUACUCGAAGAUAACACAAAUCAAUAUCAUCAACAAGCAGCAACUGCUCUGACUCCGAUCAUCAUUUUACUAGACGGUUUAAUGCAUUCAGAUCCGAAACGUACAGACAUUCCCGAUGAUUUCAGUAGCGAUCUGAUUCUGUCAGCUAUCGAAUCCGAUGUUGAUCAAGCAACGGCAUACACAAAUCCUAUCUAUGAAAAUAUCAAACAAACAUUUGAUCCGUUGUCAACAAUCGAAUGGAGAAAAUUUUACAAAAAAUUGCAGAUACUUUUGAAUGAACACUUGCCAAAAGCCAUUCUCGGUACAGAAGACAAGACACAAGCGGAAAAUCUUUUACUAGCAAUGGAUUGUGCGGAAAAAUUAUCGAUUCUAAUUGAAGGGCAUUCUCGAUCUGAACAUGAGCAAAUACUUGGCCAUUUGAUUGAAUACGAAAAGAAUAGUCUCAAAGAUAAAACCAAGGAGCAAUCAGCAAAAAAACGUCUACUUGAUUAUGCAUCGGAUUUGGUGAUGAAUCAGAGCGAGACACAGACGCUAACGAGCAAAGAAAAACAGCAAUUGAAAGCUUUCAUGAAGAAAGUUGUUAACACUGUUCAAACGGUCGAAGAAACCGGAAAUCCUGAAAAAGCAAUUGGCACGCUACUAUCAGAAAUGACAACUGAAUCGAAUCGUGAUUCGUUAUCCUUUUUUGAUCAACUAUUGCAGUUAGCAUCGAACGAUCAACCGAUCAAUGAGAAAGUCGUUUUGGAAAAAAUGUAUGAAUCCAAUCUCUCAUUGGCCAAUUCGCCACUUGUCACACAAGCCAUAGCUGCUUCGGAGCAUACUCUAUCGCCUACUUCCGUAUUCGACUACAUUCAAGAACAAUUAGACGAUACGGAUGAAUCAAAAAAUCUCGUCGAAUAUGUCAAAUUAAGCGUAAAACUAUCAAGCAAUGAAUGUCAACCCUCAAUGAACGAUCUAUCGACGUUGCCAUUCGUUCUUGCUUCAUUGUCUUCCGAUUUGAAUUCGGCAGAAAAAGAAACACUUCAUGGUCUACAAAGUCUAAUAUCAAAUUUAACAAAGCGAUCGGACAGUAUUCCUCGAGAUUGGUCAAAAUUUAUCGAUGAUCUAUGCACAACACUCAAGCCACAUCUUGAUUCAAUGACUGUCGAUUCAUUGAAAAAUGUGCUCACUAUCGUUCUAUUAUCGGAUCAAACAUCGACUUGUAACAAUCAAGUAUACAUAAGCAUCAUUUCUUCAAUGUUAAAUUUUGGCACCGAACGUUGUCGACUGUUGUCGUCUGAUUUGAAGAAGUUAAUUCAACAAAACGAUCCAUUCGAUCUUCUCGAAGCGGUAUUAUCACUAACGUGUCAUUGCCGUCGAUUGAAAUCAAAACAAAUUGUUUGGAUGGAAAUAAUGCGAAAGAAUUUUGUCGAAUUUCGAUCUCAAUUAUCGUCACCAGCCUCGGUUCCGAACUUUCUGAUGAAACUCGAAGAGUCUCUCAUCGACGAAUUGAAAUUGACCGAACACAAAAAACUCAAACAUCAUUUGAUGGCCAUAUUGACUAAUACGCAGAAUAAUAACAUGGUAACAUUGAUGCAGAAUAUCUCUGAUCUCUGCGAUCUAAUCAAUCCGACGGAUACAGAACAACGGGCAAAUGGUAAACUAAUACAAAUCGUUUCGAAAAUUGGAUCAGGAACGAUGACACAAUUGCAAACACUGGAACUAGGCAUUCAAUUGACAUGUUCUCUGAACGAUACUAAUAUGAGAAAUACACCUCUCGAUCAUCUCAACACAUUAUUGGAAAAAUAUCAAGGUCUAAUGCCAAUUCUUAACGGUGAACUUACCCGAUCGAAUAUUUCAACGUUUGUAAAUCAGACAAUCGAAUGCAUUCCCGAUGAAACCACGAAACAGUAUUUGCGACCAAUUUCAAAUGCACUACAAAAUUUGAAUAACAAUGAGAGGGAUACAAGGAGUACCAUUACUGAACUUCUCGGUCUCAUACCUGACGAACAACUGUCCGAUCAUGCGAAAGGUAUCCUAUUAUCUGCUCCGGAGAUAUUCAACGGUGACAUUAAACAAAAGAUUAUCGAAUUGGCACAACAAGUAAUUGAUACAGAAUCAUCUGAGAUCAGUUUAGGAGCAAUACUUGAUUGCGGAAAAGAAGAACCAAUAAAAGCACUGAAAUCGAUCGCAGCUUUGCUUCCAGAAAAUCUUCGAUUGGGAUUCAAUGUCGGUAUCGAUCAGUUCACUUCGCCAAAGGCAGCACAAAAUCAAAUCAUUCGAACAAUAACUGAUUUAUACGGACCGGAAACAGGAAAUGCUCUACAAGUGUCGUUCAAUGCUUUGGGUUCAUUGGCAACUGAUAAACUACAAGCAUUGAAGCAUCUGUCACAGUUAGUACCGAACAAGCAGGCACAGGCAGUUUUUGAAGCAAUCGAACAUCUCAAUGAGUUGAAAACGUGCGAAAUAAAAGAUGUGGUCAAAACAACAUUAGAGCUAGCGUCAUUCAUGGCACCAAAGCGAACAUCCACUAUGCUUCAAACUGUAGCCAAUGUUUAUGAAAAACUAACGAAUCAUCAAGAAAUCAAUGCAGUCAAAGAUGCUCUUAGACUCAUUCCUCAUGUACCGGAACAAGCAAAAAAGAUUGUAGCAUCAUUAACUCAACUAUCAAAGCAACCAAUAACCAGUGAAAAUCUACUUGGCUGUGCUUUUGAUGCAGCAAUGGCCGUUGUCGAUGAGAAAACGGCUAGGUCACUAGCCGUGGCACAAAAUGCCAUCAAUCAAAUACGAAACAAAGAUCUUCUAGGAGCAGUUAAUUCGAUAUCGAAUGAAUUCUUUCCAGAAUAUGCCACGAAAAUUGACACAGCUAUGACAAUAGCAAGUUCAGCUGCUAAAGUUUUUUCACAAACCAAUGAUCCCUUACGAGCAUUAAACAGUCUCUUGAAUGAUGAUGAACUCAAAUCACGUUUACCACCAGAAAUUCGAAAAGUCUAUGGCAUUGCUCGAGAACUACAAACAAUUAUUGAUCAUAAAGAUAUGGCGAAUGGAGAGUUAAUGAAGCGUGCAUUGAAUUUAGGGGCAUCGUUUUUACCACCAGAAUAUGCAGAAAAAGUCCAGGUAGUGACGGAUCUAAUCGAUGCGAUUCAAUUAAAAAAUCCACAAAAGAUACUCGAGCAUUCAGUGAACGCCGUCACUGCAUUUCUUCCAGCAGAGGUUGGUCGUGUUGCUCAAUUAGCCAUGCCAUUACUGCAAAAGAAACUGAAUAAUGAACCGAUUAGCUACGAAGACAUGAUCGAUGUCGCUGGUUCUCUCAUUGGCGGUAAAGAACAACAAAUAUUGACCACUGCUAAACCAUUAGUGAAAGCAUUAUUAUCUGGGAAGCGUCUAUCUGGUGACCAAUAUCUUGAUCUAGUCGGUGACGUUAUGGUAGCCAUUGGCGUUGAUCAAAAAGUAGUCGACGUUCUUCAAAAAGCCAAAGCUAUCUACAAGAAUGUUAAACAAAUCGUCGACAGCGCUUCAGCAUUGACCAAAGCAACAACAUUAGCUGCCAAAGCGGCACAAAUCAGUUCAAUUGCUGUCGCCGCAUUGUCAUUGCUUGUAGAUCUCAUACCCGGCCUACCUAAAGAGGUUAAGCAAGCUGUUGAGACCAUUUGCGGUAUUGCUGCGCUUCUGAUGGCUAUAAAUCCUGUUGGACUUGUAUUAGCAGCGAUUGGCCUUGCUUUCACCCUCUUCAAUGUGUUCAAGGGACUAUUUGGUGGAAAAGGUGGUGGUGGCGGAGAAGGUAGUGCUGGCAGUGGUGGAGGAAGCGCUGGCGGGACCAGUGGCAGUGGCGGCACUGGUGCUGGAAGGGGUGGUGGUGGCAGUAGUGGAGGACGCGCUGGCGCGGGCAGUGGCAGCACAGAUGGUAAUGGGAGUGGCGGUGGAGCCAGUAACAACACCGGUGGUAGUGGUGGUGGAGCCAGUAGCAGCACAGGUGGCAGUGGCGGUGGAGCCAGUAGUAGCACAGGUGGCAGUGGCGGUGGAGCCAGUAGCAGCACAGGUAGCAGUGGCGGUGGAGCCAGUAGCAGUAGUGGUGGAGCCAGCACCAGUUCAAGCGGAAGCAGCACUCGCCCCGCUGGAGCAAGCGAUAGUCCGAGUGGAACCAGCACCCGCCCCGCUGGAGCAAGCACUAGUCCGAGUGGAACCAGCACCCACCCCGCUGGAGCAGGCACUAGCCCAAGUAGAACAGGCACCCGCCCAAGUGGAGCCAGUAGCAGUGGCGUCGACACUCCUGCACAUAUUCAUCAUACUGGACGAAUCGAACCAACGCCGAGAGCAGCAUCUAAUCAAAAUCCUAUGAGACGAACAACCUGUAUUCCACUGGAAGAAGAAGGAUUAACUGAACCUAGCGGAACAAUACCUUCUGAUACCCUUUCUACGGCUCCAGAGAGUUCUUUGCCAUUGAGUGAAACAAGUGCAGAAGCUAGGGAAGCAGCACAAGUCGAAGUGGAAACACUAGCAUCGCAAGCCGCUGAAUUAAAUCAAGAGUCAGAAAAACAAGUAUCGAGCAUUGUCAAGCAAGAUGAAUUGCUUUUGUCGGAAACGAUCACGUGCUUGACAAAAGCGACAAUGGUCAAGAAUAAAAUUCAAGCGACAAUGAACACACUACAACAAAUGGCGGCGAACAAUAUGCGAAAAGAAAUCGAUAGUUUAGCCAAGACAACCUUGCCCAACAUUAUUUUGACAUCGUUACAGCUGUAUCAAUCUUUGGAAUCGAUUGAUAAAUGUUCGGGCGAUAUCAGUGGUCACAUAAAACGAAAAUGUCAAGAAAUACAGAAGGAUUUGUUACAAGUUUUGGACAAGCUAAGUGCGUCAGAAUCUUUACGCAAAAUGUGGAAGUUGAGUAAGAAAAAUGAAUUGGUCGAUGAUUACGAUGUACCUGAAGAUGGUAAUAUUUCUGAUCUGAAUUAUCAAACACAAGGCCAACAGCAACAAACAAAUCUGGACAACAUCAAACAGCUUUUACAAGGAUUCGAAGAUUCAAAAUUCGAACAAGGUGAAAUAAUCGGUAAUCCGACGUUGCACAAAUUGGGAAUUAAUCUCGAUAAUCUCUUAUCGAAUCAUGAAAGUGAUUUGAAUUCCGCCCUUGAUGAUGAUAACGAGAACACAAACCAGAAGCCAAAUAGUGAUCAAUCACCAUCGCCAACAGUACCUACGAUGACUGCCAACCGUGAUGUAGUUUUAGAUAUCGAUGAUCGAGGACUUGUGAAAAAUUCUGACCCAGAAACAUCGCUACCGAAAGUAGGAAUCAAACAAAGUAGUGUUGUUCGCGUUCAAGUCGGAGCCGAUACCGAUGGAAAACCAGAACAAACUAAAAGAAAAGACGACAGCUCAACUGUCAAAAUCAGUAAACAAGAAUUAGAAAAGUUGCAAAAACGGUCGACAGAUACAUAUACCAAUCUUUUACAAUCAGUUAAUAAAUACGAUAUCGGAAAGAUCAGUGAAAAUUGUGAUCCUGAACAUGUACCCGAAACGAAAUUGGAUAAACCUCGAUACGCCCUAUUGGCUCGACUAACGCGAAAUAUUCAAGGUAUGCUAUUGA